GCAGAGGAUCGUUCGAACCGUAGCGGGUGUGGCGGGAUGGGAUACAAAGGGGAGGUCUAUCGCGGAGGCGUCGGGAAGGAGCAUAAAGAGGGAUGGUAGAAACAGGAGGGAAGGGACAUCAAGUUCAUUUAACAGGAGACCUGCAAUGAAGCUAGCACGGAUAUGGAAAUGCCAAUCCUCAAUGGUUUCUAGCCCAAGAAGACGGCAACGGACUGGAUAGGGAGGGGAGAGCAAGAUGCUAACCGUUAAGGAAGCGCCGAACAGCUGCACGAGUGAAUUUGCGCUGAACCUCUCUCCAGUCUGGUCAUCGCAGUGGAGCCUGGGGGGGAGACCAGACUACAGCCGCGUAUUCCAAGGAGGAGCGCACCCAACAGCGCAGUACAGGGACUUCAAGCAGAGGGGAGCGCCGAUUUCGGACGAUAGCCUAAUGAUCAGACCCAGUGAUUUGUUAGCCUUGCUGAUAACAUAAUCAAUGUGGGAACUGAAUCAAUUAGUUAGCGGAUAGAGAUGACGAUAAUAAAAGUGAAAUGGCUUAGACUUCGAAUUUAACGUUGCAUUUAAAGACUUGCUAAAUUGUUAUCUUGGCAAAUGAAGUUUAUUCUUUUGUUUGAAAUGGUCAGCAGUAGCCUUACGGCACUGUACCGAUCAAAGAUUUAUGACUGACUGCAUAUUAAAUACGUCUGGCGGGACGCUCCAGACAGAAGACAAUGCACUUGCACUCUGCGUUUCCCUGCCUUGUGUAUGAUCGAUUUCCAAACCGCAACCUGCUCAAUACGCGUGCCAGUGACGUCGGCCAGUGGAUCGCCGACCGGUUCGGCUAGGACGUGAUCAUGAUGCUUAAUUAAACCAACCGCAUGGUGGUGGUCUGAAUGCGUGUCAGCACCAUCUGGACACAAGAACGCCGGUAUCUUCCGGGUUUUCGAUUCAUCUCUUGUCGAGCAGCAGAAACAAAGAGGAAUGUAGUGCUGCUGAUCUCAGUGAGUGAGUUCUCUAUAAAACGACCGAUCAGCCGGCAAUACGAUCCACACUCCGCUCCGACGGUAGAGUAGACAGGAUCGUCCAACUGAUAGUGAUCGCUCGCGCACUAAGGUAACAACGAUGAGCAUAACCACGAGGUACGUUCUGCACUGCUUGGCGAGCAUUUGCUUCCUUGCGUUGGCGCUCACCACCAUCGAGGGAAAGGAUUUGCCAAGCAGUUUUGAGAAGUGCCAUCGAAGCGAUCCUCAGUUUGAUCAGUGUCUACGGAGUGCGGUAAAUGGGGCGAUUCUGUUGCUGAAGGAUGGGCUGCCGGAGUUCGGUAUCUUGCCGUUGGACCCGCUGGCCGUGGAUUCGCUCGUGAUUGAGCAGGGUAAACCGUCGUCGCCUAUCAAGCUGAAGCAACACUUUACAAACGUCCGGUUAAGCCACCUGACCGAAUCGAACAUACUGAAGUACCGAACUGAUCUCAAAAAGCUAAUCAUCAAGGCGGAAGCGAUCACACCACAGAUUCAGUUUGUGGGCAACUACACCAUGGAUGGGCGGAUAUUGGUGUUGCCGAUAACGGGCAAAGGGGUAGCCAACAUUACGCUGCAUCGGUUGAAGACUCAUCACGAACUGAUUGGAGAGCUGGUCGAGCGUAACGGCGAACAGUACAUGCACAUCCGGAAGUAUCUUGUCCACUUCGAACCGAAGCUGGUAACGUUCCAGUUUGGCAAUCUCUUUAACGGAGAUGAACGACUAGGCAAAACCAUGCACCAAGUGCUGAACGACAACUGGGAGGUUGUGUUCCGGGAGCUGCGCAGUUCGUACGAGGACACGUUCGGCUACAUCUUCAAAAAGAUUUCCAAUCAAAUCUUUCUCAAGGUACCGAUGAAUAAAAUCUUCCCUGAGUAGUGGUAGUCUAUAAGGAUAAGAAACUCUACACGAA